UGGGUACAGAGGCAGUCACACAAGAGCAGGUCCGGGAUAUUGGUCAGCAGGCAGGGCGAAUCAUUUUGACUGCAAACCACAACAGUUUCGUAGAGUGGUGAAAGAAAACACCUAUCACCCCCUUUUAAAAGAGAGAAUAAGGUUUUCAGGAAGAAAGCAUGGCUUCAGAGAGCAUGUUUGACUCAUUCCCUUCUUACCAGCAGUGCUUUGUGAGAGAUACCAGCACCAGCCGCCGCUUCACGCCGCCCUCCACCACCCUCAGCCCGGGCAAGAUGAGCGAGGCGCUGCCGCUGGGAGGCCACGAGAACGGAGCAGCAGCCGGAGCAGCGGCGGCAGCAGGCACGGCCCUGGCCGGGAAGCUGAGGAGCGCCGACCGCAGCAUGGUGGAAGUCCUGGCCGACCACCCGGGAGAGCUGGUCCGCACCGACAGCCCCAACUUCCUCUGCUCCGUCCUGCCCACCCACUGGAGGUGCAACAAGACCCUCCCCAUCGCCUUCAAGGUGGUGGCCUUGGGAGAUGUCCCUGAUGGGACUUUGGUCACAGUAAUGGCUGGAAAUGAUGAAAACUACUCUGCAGAACUCAGAAAUGCUACUGCUGCCAUGAAGAAUCAAGUAGCAAGAUUCAAUGACUUAAGAUUUGUGGGCAGAAGUGGAAGAGGUAAGAGCUUCACAUUGACCAUCACAGUCUUCACCAAUCCUCCACAAGUUGCCACAUACCACAGAGCCAUAAAAAUAACUGUGGAUGGACCCCGUGAGCCAAGAAGACAUCGUCAGAAACUAGAUGAACAGACAAAGCCUGGAAGUUUGUCCUUUUCAGAACGUCUGAGUGAACUGGAACAGUUGCGUCGCACAGGCAUAAGGGUCAGCCCACACCACACAGCCCCCACACCCAACCCAAGAGCUUCCUUGAACCACACCACUGCUUUUAACCCUCAGCCUCAGAGCCAGAUUCAGGAUACAAGGCAACUUCAACCAUCUCCUCCUUGGCCUUAUGACCCUUCUUAUCAAUAUCUUGGAUCAAUUACAACUCCUUCAGUUCAUCCAGCAACACCAAUUUCACCUGGAAGGGCUAGUGGAAUGACUUCCCUCUCUGCUGAACUUUCAAGCCGACUGACAAGUGCUUCUGACCUAACGGCGUUCAGUGAUCCAAGAGUAGGAAUUGAUCGUCCCUUCCCUGCCAUUCCUUCCAUUUCUGAUCCUCGUAUGCACUAUUCAGGACCAUUCACCUAUACCCCAACACCUGUCAGUUCAGGAAUAGGAAUUGGUAUGUCUGCCAUGACCACUGCCACGAGAUACCACACUUAUCUACCCCCUCCAUACCCAGGUUCUUCUCAGGCUCAAGGUGGCCCAUUUCAGACCAGCUCUCCAUCCUAUCAUCUCUACUAUGGAACAUCAGCAGGAUCAUACCAGUUCUCCAUGAUGUCUGGAGGAGAUCGGUCACCUCCACGUAUUCUUCCUCCUUGCACUAAUGCUUCCACAGGAUCGACUCUCCUCAAUCCCAACCUUCCAAAUCAGAAUGAUGUUGUGGACACAGAAGGCAGUCACAGCAACUCCCCAACCAGCAUGGGGACCACAGCAAGGCUAGAAGAAGCAGUAUGGCGACCAUAUUGAAUUAUCAGUACAGAUGUUCAACCAGCUGAUGUCCAUGGUAUUCUCAUGAGUGAAUGAGGGCUUUGCCAUGUUUAUAUAUCACACAGAGAAGCAAACCGUCCAUAAAUCAGUGUUUCCAGUAAUGGUGGCAUGGUGGUAGCCAAUUGAUUUUUUUCAGUAAGGAGAUAACGUUCCUAAAAACUACACUCAUCCAAGGGCUGAACUUCUAGAGAUGACAAUAUUUUAAGAUGGUGGUAAUACUACUCACUCUGUUUGAAGAUAUGGGGAGGAAUAGACACUCGGUGUGUUUCCAGGGUUUGAUGCUUCAAAGCUAAUUUGGAGCUCCUUGAACCAUUUUUUUAAAACCAUUUCUUUGACAUGGUUUGGAGGCUUAAAGCCUUACACAAUCUUAAUGAGUUUAAUCAAUCAUUUUGACACAUUAGUUAAAAGAAGUAUAGGAAGAUUCUCAGAGAGAAACUGUGAAUGCUUCUGAUUUAGCAAUGCUGUGAAUAAGAGGUUUUAUAUCCUGGAAUUAAUUUUUUAACCAAGUUGUAUAUUCCAAAGAGUAUGGGAAUUCUUUUUACUUUUUGUUAUUUCUUAUGAUGCAACUCAUCCUUCUUUGCUUGUCUUUUUUUAUUUCCUUUUUUUGGCACCUUAAAAAAUUGCAAAAAGAUUUAAUCUUUUUUUAAAAUGCUUGCUUAUCUCAUACUUUAUCAGCUGAACACAUCCAAAAGAGACAAAGAAAACCUUCCCAGAAGGUAAUUUAAUUUUUCCUUUAAUAUAAAAAGAGUGAGUGACUAGAGUCCUUUUCAACUACUGAAAACCUAUAUGAUGAGUUGCCUGAUAUUUAUGCUCAGCAUUGAGUUUUUGUGUGUGAUACUUUUUAUUAUUUAAAUAUGCUUUAAAGAUAAGCACAUGCAUUUUGUAGCAACCAAAUUUUAAAAUUAUCACAUGUAAAAUGACUAGAAUAAUUAUGGGUAAUGUGACUUUUAAUUAUAUAGAAGUAUUGUUUACAUUUUGUUCCAUUUCAGUUUUAUCAGUCAUUUAAUACCCAGUGAAGUCAUGUUUCUCCAGUUGAGAAACCAAAAUAAUUUCAAAUGUUUGUAAGACAGAAGUAGUGACAAAGUGUCUCUGUUUAAAAGAAUUUUGUAUCAUAUUUAGCCACUAUUUCAUCUCAAAAGUUUUAAUAGGAAUUGUAGAACUGGAGUGGGGCACUGGAGGCAGGAACUGGAUUCAAGAGAGAGCACUUGUGAGUUACCAGGAGAACUGAAAAUAAUGUUCCAUGUUGUGCUGCACCAACAUCCUGAAAAGGAAAAGAAAUAAACAACAAAACUAAAUACAAUCAGAUACCUGAUUGCUAUAUUGGCAGUGGCCACUGGUGGCUUCCAUAUCCGUGGUACAGUGAAUCUGUCUGGGUUUUAGUUGGAUGCUUAAAAUACUACCCAAAAUAGGUUCAGUGCCUUGAACCGAACCUCUGAUGUUCCAAGUAAAACAGAUUCACCACCCCAUUGUCAUGUAAGCCACUGUAUGUUAGCAGUAACUUCCAGACUUGUAUAUUGUUGGUGGAAUCUGACAGAUCCUGGGCAUCCUACAGUUGGCCCUUGGUAUCUGCUGGGGUUUGGCUCCAGGACCUCCCAUGGAUACCAAAAUCCAUGGAUGCUCAAG